GAGCCCCUCUUUCAAGCGAUUGGUGCGGCGAAUUCCGAGAUCCUUCUUAGUCGUGGUCGUGCAAGAGAGAGGGGAGCGAGAAGAAUUGGAGAUGUCGGGGCGAGGCAAGGGAGGCAAGGGAUUGGGGAAGGGCGGGGCGAAGCGGCACCGCAAGGUCCUUCGCGAUAACAUUCAGGGCAUCACGAAGCCCGCCAUCCGCCGUCUAGCCCGCCGCGGCGGCGUCAAGCGCAUCAGCGGCCUCAUUUACGAGGAGACACGCGGCGUCCUUAAGGUUUUUCUUGAGAACGUCAUCCGCGACGCCGUCACCUACACAGAGCACGCCCGCCGGAAGACGGUCACCGCCAUGGACGUCGUCUACGCCCUCAAGCGCCAGGGCCGCACCCUCUACGGCUUCGGCGGUUAAAAGAAGAAAGAAAAGAAUGCACAUCAGUGAUUUGUUCCAUUUCUAGGGUUAGGGUUAGGGUUUUCUCACCUGUUGCUGUUUCAUCUUUCUUGAUGUAAAAAAGAAUUUAAAGAAAAACAAAUAUUUUCCCCGUUGCUUCACAUGAAUGUUUUUCUGAUUUCAUUUGAAUGUAAGUUUAGGAUAUCAGAUGAAGUACUAUGAUUUGAACUUUGUAAUGAUAACAGUUACUUUUUAGCCCCUUUUUUCUAA